CUUCAUACCAGUAAUUAAACACCACCCAUCUUCAACAACGUCACCGCCAUGGUUCCGUCAGUCAAGGUCAUCGGGACGGCACUGGUCUUCCUGUGUGUGGCGUUAGAGAGUGCCCGCAGCAACUAUUGUAACGUGGCCAUCAACACCGACAUCGUCAUCGCCAUCCACGACAGUGCAUCAACGAUGCAGUCGUUUUGGGGAGGGUUAGUUAUCUCCCCUGGUUUAGCCAACUUUCUCCGCUCAUUCGUCACUCUCUUCGACUUGACCAAGGUCCGGAUCUCGCUGGUUGCAUACGGUACAACGACACGUGAACUCACCGGCUUCACAAACCAGCCACAAACGCUGCAGACCGCGUUACGAUGGAGGCCGGAAUUCGGAGCAGCAAGAACCUAUGACGCUGUCCGCUUCAUCAGCAACCAAUUCAGAGCAAACGCCCGCCCAAACACAGCCAAACUCGCAAUCUUCCUCACCAACAGAGCGUCUGAUAAUUAUAUAGCUACAGUGUCCGAGAGCAUCCAGUUGAGGGCGGAGGAAGUUGCUGUCAUCGGCGUGGCUUUCGGACAGAGUCCUACCAGAGAGUUGGUCAUGAUGGCGGGAGGGAACGGCCAACAAGUCGUCUCCACGACAUCAGAUUACCUUCUGAUACAACAAAGCCCAAGGAUCAAGAGGACCAUCUGUUAUCUUGUUCAGCUGUACCAGCAAAUAUUGGCGAGACGACCCACUACAACUUCGACGGUCACUCCACUCUCUGUCGUGUCAAACAUCAUGCUGGUGUUAGACCACUCAGACAGUACCAGACGUUUUUCGGGCCUCACCUUCACCUGGGCAUCUGCUCUUUCCAACUUUGCCAAUGCAUUUGCCAAUCGUAUAGCUCCCGCUAACGGAGCCUGUACCAUCGGACUCACAACGUUUUCCGACACGGCGACAACACGACAACAACUUACAGGUGACGCGACCACCUUCACGAACGCAGUGAAUACCGUAGCAGGUGACAGCACCAUCACCUUCGCCGGAUCCAACAUCGCAGGUGCCAUUACCCAGGCUGCCAAUGAACUUACGAACAACGGCAACGCAGGAGCUCAGAAAGUGAUUUACGUCGUUGUUGACGGGUCUCCGAACGAUGCAGCCGCCGUGGAAGCUGCUGCCCAAGCCGCCGCCGCUGCUGGCAUCACCGUAUACGCUGUCUCUUUGCAGACGCUGAGUGGCCUGGCGGUGACACAGGCGACUCUCGACUCCAUCGCACAGGAUCCUGUCCGGACAUUCCCGAAUCGGGACGACGCAAAUCUUGUAGAUUUGACAACGAGUCUUCCUACCGCAAUCUGUCCCCCUGUCCUCUAGUAAUGAAACGGGGACGUGUGUUUCUCACAUUAAGAUCAUUGGUGAUCUACGGUGUCGGGUUAAUUUAUUGCCCAUAGAAUACGGGUUAGGGUCAGCGUUAUUGUGAAGUCUCCCUGAUACGUUAAUGCUCACUUUAACUUCUUUGGGUGUUGGUCGUCUUAAUUAAGUUUAAAUCACGAUACGGAUCUUGGUACUUGGAUUACGACUUACGACUUUUAUGGACUAUGAACACUUUCUGUAAAUGUCACAUCAACAUUGCCAGUUUAUCGACCCCUAAUUAUCAUCUGUCUUGACUAUCAGUAGUCUUGCGCGAUUUUGAUGUCAACUAAAGAUAUUUUAAAUGGUGUUUUGAUGUAUUGUUAUCGGGUCAUGGCUAAUUGCAACAGUGUUUGCACAUGGAGGGCACGGAUCUAGCUUAUUGUGAUGCAUGUGUUGAAUGUAAAUAUUUAUUUUCAUUUAAUCAUCUAUGUCAUGUAAUUUAUGAAAGAUGAAUACAUUGUUUAGAAUCAAUAAAUGAUUGCCAUUU